AUGGAACCGGGAGGCGAUUUCAGCCGGAAUCAUACGCUGAAAAUUGCAAUUGUUGGUGUUGGCCUGGCUGGUGCGGCUGCUGCAUUUUUCUUGAAGUCCGUCCCGAAUAUUGAAGUACAGCUAUAUGAGAGAUCCAAGGUGCAUAGGAAAAUUGGGGCGUGGCUGGGCUUGACACCUACAGCACAAAAUCUCCUGGAACAAAUUUGUGGUGAAGACAGUGUGGAAUCCAUUUGUGCCCGCACAUAUGGAAAGCCUGUCAAGAGGCAUUGGAGAACCGGUGAAAUACUUUUCCAACCAGAGCCGGUGCCAGACAGUCUUACCAAAACAGAGAAGCAAAGGCUGCGGGCCACGGCCAACACUGUUCGUCAAGACGUGCAUCGGAUUCUCCUUGAUGAAAUUCCGAGGGAGCAGAUCCAUAUGGGAAUGAAGGCCGUCGACUUUUCUGUGCACGAUGGCAAAGUAACGGUGCUCUUUGAGGAUAACGGCCCAGUUGAGGCUGAUCUGUUGAUUGUUUCUGACGGAAUAAAUUCUUUGCGCAUAAUUGAUCACAUGAAGAAACUUCGUGCAAAGAUUUAUCCCGAUAUCAAACCAAGGCAUCUCCCCUGUCUUCAGUAUAUCGAAACGUUUGACAAAGCAGAUUUGAUAGCGGCUAUCCCAAAUUUAUCCGAUGGUGUGACCCAUUUCAUCAAUGGUGAUAUGCUAGCAUUUGUUGGCGAUAUGUUGAUGGGGUCAUCUAGGGCCAGAAUCGCGCGGGUCUUAUCCUAUGCUUACCAACUGACCCUAACGAGGCUGGAUGCUGAGGCUGGGCUGAAGGAGCAGGGGCUAGAAGGUCGCUUGUUAGGACCAAGUAGUUACCUCCAAGUUCUCGACCAUUCUAAGAAUAUGGGCGUCUUCCCAAUUUCGCGGGAAAUUUGGCUAGAGUCUUUGAUAACCCAAGGAAGUGUUUGUUUUGUCGGCGACUCGGCUCAUCCUACGGGUGCAGCAUUGGGUGCUGGAUGCAGCUUUGCAUUUGAGGACUCAAAAACACUUGGCCUUUCACUUAGCUACGCUCAUACUGUGGCUAAGCGGUGGUCCCCAAAAACUGUCAGGUUUGCUUUGGAUUUGUAUGAUGAAGCACGACGCUCCCACCUACGAAAGGUAUUCAGAUUACUGGAGAGGGAGGACCUGAGUUACAGCGGCAUGAUGAAAGACGAAGCAACGCAGGAAGAUGAGAGAAGGGAAAAGGUAAAGGGUACCUCAUGGUUAACAAAUUUUGAUCCUGAUGUUGAUUUUGCAGCGGCAUGUGCGCGACUGUCUAAGAGUCAUAAUUUUUGA